AGCAAUUUGGUGUUGCUGUGAUGGAGAAGAGAGAGAAGGAGGAAUGGGAUGUGGUGGCGAGCGUUGCGGCGGAUGAUCUCCGGUGCCGGGGGACCGACGAGAAGGAGUUGAGGUGCGGGAAUGAGGAAUGGGAGAGCCGUAGCCUCUGUGAGGUUCACUGUGUGGAGAUGGUCGCCGAUUCCAGCAAGGAGGGAAUGCAGGUUAAGGAAAAGAGGAAGCCUGGUCGUCCUCGGAAGGAGAAGAGUAGUGCUUCUAUGGUUGAGGCUGAGGGUUCGAAUGGUGCUAAAAAGCAGGAGAAUGAAAAUGCUGGAAAGCGGAAGAGGAAUGAAUCUGAGAGGCCGAGAAGGAAGUCUGUUAGAGUUGAUAAGCAAGAUGGGGCAUCUACUGAUGACCAAUUCUCUCCAAAAGCUAAUGUUCUUAGUGAUUUCAAUAAGACUUUCAACCCUGAGCAGGAGAAUGAAAAUGCUGGAAAGCGGAAGAGGAAUAAACCUGGGAGGCCAAGAAAGAAUUCUGUUAGAGUUGAUAAGCAAGAUGGGGCAUCUACUGAUGAUCAAUUCUCUCCAAUAGCUAAUGUUCUUAGUGAUUCCAAUAAGACUUUCAACCCUGAGCAGGAGAAUGAAAAUGCUGGAAAGCGGAAGAGGAAUAAACCUGGGAGGCCAAGAAAGAAGUCUGUUAGAGUUGAUAAGCAAGAUGGGGCAUCUACUGAUGACCAAUUUUCUCCAACAGCUAAUGUUCUUAGUGAUUCCAAUAAGACUUUCAACCCUGAGGAACUGAGGGGGAAGAUAUUGACGGGUGAUGCAGCACGGAUGUGCCAUCAGUGCCAGAGCAAAUACAAGGAGAAGAUUGUGUGGUGUUUGACCUGCAAAAAGAAGCGAUAUUGUGUGCCAUGUAUUGAGCGCUGGUACCCAGAUUUGACAAUUGCUGAGUUUGAGAAAAAAUGCCCUUAUUGCUGUAACAAUUGCAAUUGCAAAGGGUGUUUACGGAUGAUCAGGGUUGCAAAGCCUCCGGAGAAGGUGAUUGAAAAAUCUCAGCGAGUAUGCUAUUUGUAUUAUGUUAUACAAUCAUUGCUUCCUUGGCUGAAAGCAUUUCGUGGUGAGCAAAUGAAGGAGAAAGAAAUUGAGGCUCGGAUAAAAGGACAAUCAUCUGCUGAAACGAAGGUAGAACAAGCUCCAUGUGAUCCUGAUGAACGUGUAUAUUGUGACAAUUGCCAAACCUCUAUUCUUGAUUAUCAUCGGAGCUGCCCUGACUGCUCAUUUGAUCUGUGCCUUCGUUGCUGCCAAGAGCUCCGAAAUGGAUGCAUGCCUGGUGGCAAUGGGAGAUUAAUUUACAAGUACAAAACCAAGGGUAAAGAUUACUUGCAUGGAGGCCCUCCGCAGACCAUAAGCAAAAGGAUUGCAUCAAUGGUAAAUGCUAGUGAUGAUGAAAACAAUGAAGGGCGGUUAAAUGCUUUGAGGGAAUGGAAGGCUAAUAGUAAUGGCAGUAUUCCCUGCCCCUUAAAGGAAGUUGGUGGCUGUGGAAAUUCUGUUUUGGAGUUAAAGUGCAUUUUUGGUGAUAGUAAUCUUCAGAACCUAGAAGAGAAGGCUGCUUCAAUUGUUGCACAACAAAAACCGGCAAUGCUCCCUGACCUUUGUACUCAGUGUCCAUGCUUCACUGCUACCGGUGAACUAAACUCUGGCAGUACAACGCUACGCAAAGCAGCUUGCAGGAAAGAUUCUAAUGAUAAUUAUCUGUUUUGCCCGAAAGCUAUUGACCUUCAAUCUGGAGAUAUUGAGCACUUCCAAAAACAUUGGGCUAAAGGUGAGCCAGUGAUUGUUCGUGAUGUCCUGGAGCUCACUCAUGGUCUGAGUUGGGAGCCAAUGGUUAUGUGGAGAGCUCUUAGAGAGAGGGCAGAGUCUAAGCAAGCACCAGAGAAGUUUGCAGUCCAGGCAAUUGAUUGCCUGGAUUGGUGUGAGGUUGAGAUAAACAUUGCCACCUUUUUUAGAGGCUAUUCUGAAGGACGGAACCAUUUGAAUAACUGGCCUGAGAUGCUAAAGCUCAAGGACUGGCCCCCAUCUAGUUCCUUUGAAGAGCGAUUACCACGCCAUGGUGCAGAAUUCAUUACAUCUUUGCCAUUUAAGGAGUAUACAGAUCCCAGGUGUGGCAUUCUAAAUCUUGCAACUAAGCUGGAUGAAGGUGUUCUGAAGCCAGACAUGGGCCCAAAAACUUAUAUUGCUUAUGGGUUUGCGGAUGAGUUAGGAAGAGGCGACUCUGUUACAAAGCUUCACUGUGAUAUGUCGGAUGCGGUGAAUAUCUUGACUCAUACUUCUGAAUUUACUCCAUUGCCCCACACACUUGCUGCUAUCCCGGAAUAUAAAAAGAAACAUAUAGUUCAAAACAAGCAAGAGGAGAGUUUGAUGGAACCCAUAUAUAUAGAUUGUUCUGAAAGGUCAGUUGUCUCCAGUGAAGAAUUGUUGCAGCAACAAAGUUGUAGUGAGAUCCAGCCUACAGAGAAUGACAAUCCUAAGCACAAAGUAAAUUAUGACAUUCAUGAAAAUGUGGCUGUGGAGGCUUCAGUGGGCUUAGCUAAGAAUGCUUCUGGUGAAGCAUUGGAUUCAGGAAAUAGUAAUUCUCAGGAAAAAGUUGCCCUGGAAAAUCCUAAGCACAAAGUAAAUUUCGACAUUCAUGAAAAUGUGGCUGUGGAGGCUUCAGUGGGCUUAGCUAAGAAUGCUUCUGGUGAAGGAUUGGAUUCAGGAAAUAGUAAUUCUCAGGAAAAAGUUGCCCAGGAAAAUCCUAUUCCACAGAAAAGGAAGAGAGGAAGGCCCAGUCGAAAAGAACAGCAAUACAAAGCAGCAAACAGUGCUCCAUCUGAUAAUUCAGGAGAAGUACAACUUGAUACUGGUCUUAGAAACCAAGCUAUCAACAUCACUGAUGAUUUUCAAAAAUCUUCUGAGAGUGAGGAAAUGAAAAAGAUGAAAGAUGGGAUGGUUUGUAAUGUCUCAAAACUUGGGCAUAAAGUUGAUGAAAAUGAACCUAAACAAGUGGUAGGUGGUGCUCUAUGGGAUAUUUUCCGAAGAGAAGAUGCUAAGAAGUUACAAGAGUAUCUUAAGAAGCACUCAAAGGAGUUCCGGCACAUGUUCUGCUGUCGAAUAGAGGAGGUGGCUCAUCCAAUUCAUGAUCAGACUUUCUACUUGACCAAAGAGCAUAAGAGAAAGUUGAAGGAGGAAUACGGAAUUGAGCCUUGGACUUUCGAGCAAAAUCUUGGAGAAGCUGUUAUAAUACCAGCUGGAUGUCCACAUCAAGUGAGAAAUCUCAAGUCAUGCAUAAAGGUUGCGCUUGACUUUGUGUCUCCGGAGAACUUCAAUGAAUGCAUUAAGCUGAGUGAAGAGUUCCGUCUACUUCCUAAAGACCACCUUGCUAAAGUAGACAAACUUGAGGUGAAAAAGAUGGCUCUGCAUGCACUCAUGCAUGACAUAAGGGAUUUUGAGAAAUGUACAUCUUCUGAGGCCAAUGAUGAGAAUGAAGUGAAACCUCAAGCUGAAGAACAACCAGAGAGUUCUAUCCCCCCUCGCAAAAACAAAAAGGCCAACAAGUAGAGAGUUUUACUGGUGAUGGACCCCUGCCUUCAGUUUGAGUGAUUUUCUGAUAAUGGGAGAUGAUCAGGGAGUUUGCUUGCUUUGAAGCAUGUGCGGCCAAUUUUUGUAUAUUGUGUAGUUUGUAGUGUCUUUAAGUCUCAACAUGAUGGAAGCUGUCAUAUCAUAUGCAGUUCUGUCAUUUUGUAUAUUGUUGGGCUUAUCAGAGUUAAACAGAAGAAGUUGUUGUUGAAUUCUGACAGUUUAUACAUGAUUUAGCCUGAUGUUAUGAACCUGUGUAACCAAGACUAAAUUGAUGAAAGCUUUGUAGUUUGUACUA